CAGUAAGUUGUUCUUAAGUUGUUCUUCCUACGCGCCAAAAGCUCUAGCACUUAUCGCAGGAACGGAGCUCCACCUAUUUGCUAGCUGCUUCUCCAUGUCGGACACGACGCUGAGCAACGUGUUCUGGGGCCACAGCGCCGGUGUGCUGGUGCUCUCCGCCUCUGGUUUGCUGUGGCGCAGUCGCACGACCGAGAGCCAGAAGAAACUGCUGAAAGAUGACAUCGUGACGCUGUUGUGGACUCCGGUGGGGCCCAAGACGCACCACCUUAAGGUCUACCAGAAGGGCGGCAAGUACGUGCGCUUCACGGGGCUCAAGGCACAGGACGUGGCACAACUCAAAAACCACGUGGAGAGCCACUUUGACCGCGAGCUGGAGCAAGAGAAGGUGGCAGCGGCCGGUGGCAACUGGGGCGACAUGAAGUUCGAGGGCCCCAACCUCAAUUUCCGCACAGCCAACGCCAGUGUCAUGGAGUUGCCACUGGAGCAGAUUUCCCAGUGUGCUCUACCCGGUAAGAACGAAGUGGAGCUACAGUUCCACGAGGACGACACAGUGGCUGGAGAUGAGGAGACACUCGUCGAGAUGCGACUGUACUUGCCUCCAGGUGACGGGGAGGACGAAGUUGUCACAGCCGAGGAGUUCCGUCAGGAGGUACUGGAGAAGGCAAACAUCCGCAGUGUCAUGGGGAAGAGUAUCGUGGAUCUGGACGAGACCAUCGGCACGUUCCUCACUCCUCGCGGUCGCUACGGAGUCGAGAUCUAUGGCUCGUUCUUGCGUAUGCACGGUAAGACGUUCGACUACAAGAUCAUGUACUCGAACAUCAACCGCUGUUUCCUCCUGGAACUGCCCAAUGGCAUCAACACAGCGUUUGUCAUCAGCCUCGAGGAGCCUAUUCGUCAGGGUAAGCAGGGAUACCCUCAUCUGGUGCUGCAACUGAGCAAGAACGACGUCCACAUCGACGUCAACUUGUCGUCCGAGGAGAUCAAAAAGUACAAUGGCAACAUCCACGAACGGAUGUCCGGCGCGUUGCCUCAGAUCGUCGCUACUUUGUUCAAGUUCAUCAUCGGCAAGAAGGUUUACACUUCCGGUAAAUUCAAGACUCACAGUGGCGACCGAGCGGUCAAAUGCGCCGUCAAGGCCCAGAGUGGAGUUCUGUUCCCACUGGAAAAGUCGUUCAUGUUCAUCCACAAGCCCACGACCUUCAUUCGCUACGAGGAGAUCGACUACAUCGAGUUCCAGAGGUAUGCCGGACAGAGUGGGUCCUCUGCGAGUCGCAACUUCGACCUGCUCGUGAGCUGCAAGUCCGUGGGUGGUGAGGCAGCGCGCGAGUACAUUUUCUCUGCUAUCGAUCGACGCGAGUUCCCGGAGUUGAGUCAGUUUUUGACGUCCAAGAAGCUGCGGAUCCGUAACCUGAAGGAGAGUCAUGCGGCUGCCCAACCAGGCUCGAAGAAACGCGACUUUAACGAGUAUUUAGAGGAGUUAGGACCAGAGGAGGGCGAGAUCGAAGACGACGAGGACGAGGAGGACUCGGACUUUGGGCCAGGCGACGACUCUGGCAGUGAGUCGAGUGACUUUAGUGAUGAGGAGCUCAGUGGGAAGGACUCGGACGAGGAGGAUGCUGAGGAAGGAGAGGAGGCAUCCAAGAAGGACAAGAAGAAGAAGAAGAAGCACAAGAAGCACAAGUCCAAUGAUGAGUAAAUGUUGCAGAGGCAAUAGCUGGAGACCAGACUAGGUCGCGUUCCAAUACAUACACCUUUUGACAAUUUUUUUGUGAGA